AUGUCAUCUUUUCCUAACAUCACUUCCUCAUCUCUGAAGUUUUUCCUGAUGGGAGUUCCAGGACUAGAAGCUUCCCAUGCCUGGAUCUCUAUCCCCUUCUGCUGUCUCUACAUAACGGCUCCCUCUGGGGGUGGUAUAAUCCUGUUUGUCAUCAUCAUUGAGUCAAGUCUCCACAAAUCUAUGCACUAUUUCCUCUCUAUGCUCUCCACUGCCGACCUGGACUUGUGUAUUUCGACACUAGUCACUAUGCUGGGCAUAUUCUGGUUCACUGCAAGACAGAUCAUUUUCCAUGCUUGUGUUGCUCAAACAUUCUUCAUUCAACUCUUUACUGUCAUGGAGUCUUCAGUGCUCCUGGUGAUGGCCUUUGACCACUUCAUUGCCAUUUGUAACCCACUGAGAUACACUACCAUCUUGACUGAUUCUAGAAUCCUCAACAUGUGGUUUGCCAUCCUUGUCAGGAGCACAGUAAUCCUAAUGCCUCUGGUCCUGCUUCUUAGACAUCUAUGCUCCUGCCAAAGCCAUGUGCUCCAUCAUUCUUACUGUUUCCAUCCUGAUAUAAUCCAGCUCUCAUGUUCAGACAAUAAGAUCAACAGUGUUUUAGGACUUACUGCCCUCAUUGUCACUGCAGAAGUGGACUCCAUCUUUAUUCCUCUCUCCAACACCCUGAUUAUUAAGACUAUCUUAAGCAUUGCUUCCCCACAGGAGCAACAUAAGGCCUUUAGCAUUUGUGUUGCCCACAUAGGUGCCGUUGUCAUCUUCUACAUCCCUCUCAUUAGCUUGUGCUUUGUCCACAGGUUUGGGCAAAAAGUACCUCCUUAUGUACACAGUCUUAUGGCCAAUGUGUAUUUGCUUAUUCUGCCAGUGAUGAAUCCCAUUAUUUACAGUGGGAAAACAAAGCAGAUCCAGAGGUCCAUUAAAAAAGUCCUCUUUCCCAAGGGAUCUGAGGUCUGA